AUGACCAAAUUAAUCGUAAUCAUCGGUGUGACUGGGAAUCAAGGGAAUUCCGUGGCCCAGAGAUUCCUUCAGGACUCCAACUACAAAGUCCGUGGUAUAACACGAAAUGCCUCAUCCGCCACAGCUCAAUCACUCUCCGCGCAGGGCGUUGAGAUCGUGGAAGCGGAAUUGGAUGAUGUAAACUCUUUGAUCUCUGCUUUUCAGGGUGCGCAACUUAUCUUUAGCGUCACAAACUACUGGGAACCUUUCUUCCGUUCCGAUUGCCGUCAACAUGCCCAGGAGCUUGGAAUCUCAUGCCGGAAAUAUGCCUAUGAUGUUGAGUAUCGACAAGGAAAGAAUAUUGCUGAUGCUGCUGCUCACUCGAGUGUCAUUUCGGGACUCGAUGCAAAUGGAUUCAUUACGAGUACGUUGAGUCAUGCUAGAAAAUCUAGUAAAGGGAAGUUUACAGAAGUGUAUCAUCAUGAUGCAAAGGCUGAUGUCUUUCCUUAUUAUGUGAAGGAGAAAUAUGGAGGCGAAGGAGAAUUGGCGGGGAAAAUGAGUUGUGUUAUGACGGGGUACUUUACUAGUAGUUAUAAAUUGGCUGUGAAAAGUUAUUUGGGAAAGCAACCCGACGGAACUUUCCAAAUGAGUUUCCCAACAACCCCGAAUAAAGCAGUUCCUCAUAUUGCCAUAAACAGUGAUCUUGGUUCUUUUGUUUAUGCCGUUUCUCAACUUCCACCUGGUAAGAGCUACAUGGCAUGCGGCAGUGACUGUUCCUGGAGCGAGUAUAUUCUUUUAUGGAGCGAAACAACUGGAAAGGUUGCGACAUAUAGGCAAUGCACAGAAGAUGAGUUUGUGGGACGAGAACAGGAUAAAGCUUUCGGAGAGGAAUUGAAUGCGAUGUUUGCUUAUUCUAGCGACCCGGGAUAUGAUGGAGGUGAUAAGACAUUGUGGAUGAAGGAGGAUAUUGAGAAGGCUGGAGUGAAAUGCCCCAUGACUACUUUGGAAGAGUGGAUGAAGAAGGAAGACUGGACUGCUGUUUUUGAACAGUAA